CACAGUAAAACUUGUGACAAUAUGGCGAGUGGGACUGCACUAAUUUAUGAUUCAGAGAUGACUGGCUAUAAACUUCUGUGGGUCGACCCUGCAUGUAAGAUCGAAGUUCCUGAGCGUUUGACUGUGAGUUAUGAAGCGCUUCAGAGCAAGGGCUUGGUACAGCGGUGUAUUCCUGUCUCGACCCGCGAAGCAACCGAUGAGGACAUUCUGUUGGUCCACAGUGAAGAAUACCUGGAGGCAGUGAAGCAAACUCCAUACAUGAGUCUCGAAGAUCUGAUGACUUUCACCCAGCAGUAUGGGGAUGUCUAUUUUCAUCCAAAUAUUUACCACUGUGCCAAGCUGGCUGUUGGAGCCACUCUCCAGUUAGUGGACAGUGUCAUGACUGGGAAGGUUAGAAAUGGAAUGGCUCUUGUGAGACCACCUGGGCAUCACAGUCAGCGUAGUGCUGCUAAUGGUUUCUGUGUUUUCAAUAAUGUGGCCAUUGCUGCUCUCUAUGCAAAAAAACGCUUUAACGUUAACCGGAUACUAAUAGUGGACUGGGAUAUUCAUCAUGGGCAAGGUGUACAGUACUGUUUUGAAGAGGACCCCAGUGUGCUGUACUUUUCCUGGCACCGCUAUGAACACCAGAGCUUUUGGCCUAACCUUAGGGAGUCAGACUACGAUACUGUGGGCAAAGGCAAAGGGGCCGGCUUCAACAUCAACCUACCUUGGAACAAGGUGGGGAUGAAUAACAGUGACUACCUCUCAGCCUUCUUCCAUGUGCUCUUACCUGUUGCAUAUGAGUUUGGUCCUGAGUUAGUCCUGGUGAGUGCAGGGUUUGACUCGGCCAUAGGUGACCCAGAGGGUCACAUGUGUGCAUCUCCAGAAGUCUUUGCCCACCUCACACACCUUCUGAUGUCUCUGGCAAAUGGUAGACUGUGUGCUGUCUUGGAAGGUGGAUACAAUUUGACCUCACUUGCUCAGUCAGUAUGUCAGACAGUGCACACUCUUCUGGGAGAUCCUGCACCCUUGCUAACAGAAGUCAGUUCCCCAUGUGAAAGUGCAUUGGAGUCCAUUCAGAAUGUGAGAGCAGUUCAUCAGCAAUACUGGUCUUGCUUCAGACACUCAAAUGUCUCUCCAGUCUCAGAGCCAAGCACCAAGCGUUGCUGCCUAGAGGAAAGCGAUGAAGGACCGCAGGAAGUUAAAAAAGAGAAGGAAAAUGUGGAGGAAAACAUGGAAAAUAUAGUGUGGCCUGAACCUUUACCAAGGCCAAACCCCACACUGCAUACUAUUAUAGCACUCCCUGUUGGUUUGGAGGUUCCACUGCCAGACGACUGCCACCAAUUAGCUGAUGUACCACAGGAGAUCAUAGACACAGCUCAGAGACUCAGGGACAAACAUUUUAAAGAAAUAAAUGAUGAGAAGAUAUUAGAAUCUUUCAAAAACAUUAUCUCUCUUUUGGAGGGAAUCAAGGAUAAAAAGGUACGCAAUGGUUUGGCAGUGGUACCUAGCGUGGCCUCAGCUUUGAGCUGUGCUGUUCAGCAUGCUCUAACCUCCCUAACCAACCGGGUGUUGGUGGUGUUUAUUGGGGAUGGAGAUGUUCCAGUGGAUACUGCCGACGAGCAAGUUUUAUUGAUACAGAUCUGCCAUAAAGAACAACAGGAGCCAAAAUCCAAAUUCCAUGUACCAGUGUGUCUGAAAGAGUGGCCUGGUGACACUGCAGGCUUUCUGCAGGUUAUUUUUGGCAUUUUACUACCUCUGGGCUAUCAGUUUAGCCCUGGCUUAGUUCUGGAAGUUUUUGGUGAAACCAGUGGGGUGGACAAAGCAUCCUUGGCACAACUCACCAGCCUUCUCCAAGGGCUGGCACAAGGACAAACACUGGCCCUUAUGCAGGAAUAUGAAGAUGGCAUCAUAAAGGCAACAGUGUCCUCCUUGUUAGGGUCACCUGCUCCAUCUCUGGGACCACUUGGGGCUCCUCUCCCUGUAAAUGUUCAGGCUAUAGAGAAACAGAGAGAGAGGCUCCUACAACCUUGGGGUAUACUGCAAACCUCACAUGAACAACUCUCAUCCCCAAAGUGAACUGUUCUGAAACACACUUACUGUAAAUUUUAUUGUGGUUGUCCUGCUCAUCAACUUGUAAACACAGA